GUAUUUAGGUGCCUUUCUGGGUCUUUAUUUACAUUUAGUAAUAAAUGGUAAUUGUUUAUAGCCUGUGAUUCAACUGCCUGCUGUUCCCUUUUCCCGUUCCAUGCUCUUUUCAGGAAGGUAUCAGCUUUUAGAGAUAUCUUGCUAACGAUCACAUUUGCUGUUCAAUCAGUUCUUUAUCAGCACUCUUAAUUAUUUUCUACAUGGCCAAGUUUAACUUGGUCUAAAAAAAAAAGGGGGGGGUGGGGAAGAAAGAAAAUCCCUGCAGUAAUGUUUGGGAAAGUGAGUGUUUCUAAUAAGUGGCCUCAAAAAGCAAGCUGGAGCAAUGCGUACCCGCCCUUCGCCCUGUUCAGCCGUCCCAGUCCCAAGCUCCGCAGCCAGGCUGAGGGUCACCGGCUCAGCCCAGGCAGACCUGGGGGUCGGUCCCGGAGAGACUUUGGGAGCCGUGGGCCACGUCCCAGGCUGCUGCCCUGCACGGGGAUGGCAGGAGGGGGUGGGAGCGGGCUGGGAGCAGAGUGGCUGCUGCUGCAGAAAGCCAAGAGCAACUCCAGCAGCCCAGCCCCUGGUUGUGCUAGCUGGUUUUGCUGGCAACCUCAUGUUUUUCCAGUCCGAGCCUGGCAGCGUACGUGCACAAAGCAGCCGUAGGUCAGGCUCCCCUCUGUGCAGGCUUUCACUUCGCCAUCUGCUUGGCCUGAUUUCUGCAGCACGGGGAAGGGAUGUCAGAGCAAGAUAAAGCAAAUCACCCUCGGCAGCUCCAGCUGAGCAGCCGCAGACCUGCUAUCGCAGGGCUCAGCUGCUGGGGCAGCUCCUCAGCGGGAGGUUUGGGUGCUGCCUUGGUUACUGGGGCAAAAUGGGAUGGCAAAGGUGGGUGGCAGAGAGGCAGAGGGCCGGGCUGGUCCGAUCCUGGUGGUCUCAGUGGGUACAGAUGUCUCCCGCAUGGCCUCAGGUGACUGCGGGCCGCUGCCAAACAUCAACCACGCGGAGCCCCCGGAGGACGUGAAACAUCGGGAACGCUUCCCCGUCGGCUUCAAAGUAACGUACAGGUGCCUUGCGGGUUAUAGCAAACUCCCCUUGCUCUCGGAUACGAUGCAGUGCCUUGCGAACACCGAGUGGUCCAACCUCCAGGAGUUUUGCGGUCGUAGCUGUUCCAGCCCGCCCCGUGUGCGUUUUGCUAGACUAUCAGAAGAAGAUGGAAUACAGAAUUUUUAUGCCGUUAAUACCGUGGUGACCUAUGUUUGUCGCUCGGGCUAUGAGAACGCCACAGACCAGCUCCCCACCAGCACUUGCCUUGACAAUGUCACAUGGUCAGCAGUUCCCGAGCUAUGUCGGAGGAAAUCUUGCGGUGUGCCAGCCAACCCAGAACACGGCAAAGUUAUUGCAAACGAUCAUCUGUUCGGUGCAAGAGCAAAUGUAGUUUGUGACCAUGGGUACGUGUUAAAGGGAGCAUCGACUUUCAUUUUUUGUUCCCUGGUGGGAGAUAAAGUUGCCUGGAGUCAACUUCCAGCUUGUCAGGCUAUUACUUGUCCUCCGCCUCUAGCUAUUCCCAGUGGGAAGCACAACAGCAACGGUAUGGAGAAGUUCACGUACAGCUCGCUCGUGACGUACUCGUGUGACCCGGGGCUCCAGCUUGUGGGGAAUGAAACUCUUCACUGUACAACGGAGAACGGCGUCAAUGGCAUCUGGAGCGGGCCUCCUCCCAAAUGCAGGGCUGUAGUUAGCACUGCAGCAACGACAAACCAAACCACACCCUUGGAAGAGAAGGCAGAAGGGAGUCUUCUCUGGCUAGUUGGUGUCUUCGUCCCUGUUUUCCUUGUCCUUGGAAUUCCAGCUGGGAUCAUGGUGAAAAGGAAAUUCAGUAGGAAAGACAAUUAUAACAUGCAAUUACAAAAGCACAAGAUGGGGGGAAGGGGUCCACUGAUGCACCCAAAGAGAACGGAUGACAAGAAGCAGCCCGUGCCGUGGCGUUCCUAUUUUUGCCACACGACAAGUUGCCACGUGUGUCCCACCUGCACGCUGCGCACCUACUUGGUCCCCAGCAUCGAUGGCAGCGAGAGCCAAAGCCCAGGAGGCACCAGCUCUCCUGCCAGCGCUGCGGAGGUGCUGAGGGCUGACGGCUCAGGAGGAGCUGUUCUGGAGCAGAGCGAGGCAGAGCAGCCCAUGAACCAGAAAAGCGACCAGCACGUCUGCCCCGUCUGCGCGGCGCCCACCCACGCGCACCUCUGCCAGCCCCGGCACCAGGCACACGACGGAUAAACGCUGGCGGCCGUAGCAUCCUUAGCGGCACGAAGGUGGCUGGAGAGACGGGAGCGUUGCUACACGAAGCCCCGGCACCGUCAGGGAUGAAGGCCGGGGUGCAGUAAGGUACCCCAGCGCCAAGCGUCUGACUUCACAAGCAAGAAUUUCUUUGUAAAGAAGCAGGAAAAUCAAACACACUUCAAAUUCAGCUCCGUUUUGAUUCAAUGCCUACUUUUUUGGUUUAGUAUGGACGAACUAUUUUUGCAGCUCUUAUGGCGAGGCUUUAAAAACUCGGUAAAUGUUUCUUUCCACUUUGAAAAUAAUUUCAUAGCAAACGCCCUCUUUGCACAAUCUUGCAAGAUUUCACUGCAUUUUUUUAAACUACUUUUUUACUGCACAGAUCCAAGUGCGAAACCGGCAGUAUUUAUAGUGAAACUGUUUUGUAAAUAAAAGGAAUAUAAGAUAAGUCAUCCUAGUAUCCUGGCUUGGGGUUUGGGGUCUUUUUAUUUACAAAUCAAAGCUUCACUCGAGCGCUUUAAAGGGUUUUGCAGUCUCAUUGUUUGCCGGAUGUAAUUAGCUGCUCAGGUAACGAAUUGGUGCUGUUGUGCUGCGUGGGUGUCCGUAGCAGCGUGCCUGGCCUUUCCUGGGAACUGCGGUGACGGAGGCGUCGCUGCUGGAGCGGGGCCCAUUUCCACCCCGGGGUGGCAGCGGGGCAGGAUUGGGG